ACAUGCAAGAUGUCACCAUCGAUGGCGGCUUUUUUCUGAGUUCGUAGGCGUUUAAGAAACGUCUAUAUAAGACGCUUUGAUCCCUCUCGUUUGGUAUGUCUUAGAGAAGUUCGACAGCCCUGAGCCAAAAGCCGCAGUCAUCUUCUGAACUCCCUCGCACACAGUCCACAAUGUUCAACGUUCGUCGCCUUGCGCUCUUCCUCGGAGCUCUGCUCCCCGCGGCCAUUGCUGCUCCUACUCCUGCUACCCAGCAGAAGAAGGAAAUCAUCCCCAACAAGUACAUCGUUACCCUCAAGGAGGGUGUCUCCACCGAUGCCUUCAAGACUCACGUCAACUGGGCCCGCAGUGUCCACGCCCGCAGCUUGAACAAGCGCGACACCGCCGGUGUUGAGCGCGAGUACAACAUCGCCAGCUUCAACGCCUACGCCGGUGAAUUCGACGCCGAGACCAUUGAGCAGAUCAAGAACCACCCUGAUGUCGCCGAGAUUGAGGAGGACCAGAUCUUCUACCUCGUUGACGAGACCCCUGAGCUCUCCAAGAAGGCUCUCACCACCCAGAGCGGCGCUACCUGGGGUCUCGGCACCGUCUCCCACCGCACUUCCGGCUCCACCUCGUACAUCUACGACAGCAGCGCCGGCCGGGGCACCUACGCCUACAUCAUCGACACCGGUAUCCUCGCCACGCACCAGCAGUUCGGCGGCCGCGCCUCACUCGCCUACAACGCCGUCGGCGGCAGCGAUGCUGAUGCCGUCGGCCACGGCACUCACGUCGCCGGCACCAUCGGAGGAUCCACCUACGGCGUCGCCAAGCAGGCCACCAUCCUCUCCGUCAAGGUCUUCCAGGGAAGUAGCAGCUCCACCUCGAUCAUCCUGGACGGAUACAACUGGGCCGUCAACGACAUCAUCAGCAAGAACCGCCAGAGCCAGUCCGCCCUCAGCCUUUCCCUAGGCGGUGGCUUCUCCUCCGCCUUCAACAACGCCGUCAACUCCGCCUUCAGCUCCGGUGUCCUGUCCGUCGUCGCCGCAGGCAACAGCGCCACCGACGCCGCCAACACCUCGCCCGCCUCUGCCGCCAACGCCAUCACCGUCGGUGCCAUCGACUCCAGCUGGCGCAUCGCCAGUUACUCCAACUACGGCUCCGUCGUCGACGUCUUCGCCCCCGGCACCGACGUCCUGUCCUCCUGGAUCGGCGGAAACACCGCUACCAAUACCAUCUCCGGCACCUCGAUGGCCACCCCCCACGUUACUGGCCUUGCCCUCUACCUGAUCGCUCUCGAGGGCCUCAGCACCCCCGCCGCCGUCACCAGCCGCAUCAAGGCGCUCUACACCACCGGCAAGCUCACCGGUAUCCCCAGCGGCACCGUCAAUGCCGUCAUCUACAACGGCAACGGCGCUUAAAUCAUUGCUCGGUCGCCCGACAUACUUGUAGACGAAGACAGCAGCUGAGGGGGCUGUAUCGUCUAAGC